AUGGUCGCAAGUACCCGUCGGGCGCUGCGAGCCAUUCAAAAAUUCCAUAUUACCACUCCGAUCUUCUAUCCGAAUGCAAAACCGCAUUUGGGGCACUUAUACUCUUCAUUAAUAUGUGAUGUGCAAGCUAGAUGGCAAAAACUUAGGGAUUCUGAAGUGCUAUUCACCACUGGAACCGAUGAGCACGGUCUGAAGAUACAAACAGCAAGUGAACAGCAAGGCUACGCUAGUCCUAAGGUGUUUGUAGAUAAAUUAUGCACCCAUUUUAUCAGCUUAGAUGAACAGGCUAACAUUGGGUACACUAGGUUUAUAAGAACAACAGAUAAGGAUCAUAUCUCGAACGUUUUAAGGCUAUGGGAGCUUUGCAAAGCGAAUGGCUACAUAUACAAGGGUGAGCAUAGCGGCUGGUACUCCGUGUCGGAUGAAACGUUCUAUCCCGCUACCAAAGUUGUCCAGGUGAUCGACGGCCGCGAAUUUCCGGUGAUGGAUGGUUCCACCGUUACUGAAGGUGCCGAGUACAUCAAUACUGAGACUCGCAACCGUGUGAUCCACCAGACGGAAGUGAAUUACUUUUUCAGACUAUCUUCUUUCAGAGAGCGGUUAAUCAGUCAUUUGAAGGAAAACCCAGGUUUUAUCCUCCCGCCAUCCCGGUCAGCGCAGAUUUUAGAUCUACUACUAAAGGCAGAACUACCCGACCUUUCAAUCUCUAGGCCUAAAACACGACUUAAGUGGGGCAUUUCUGUUCCGGGCGAUGAGAGCCAGAAAAUAUACGUCUGGUUUGAUGCGUUAUGCAAUUACGUAACCUCGAUUGGUGGGGUAGAUGCUGUCUUAGAGGAUAGGCCCAUUGCUAACCUAGUCCACUCUAUUCCACAGGGCUCGGUUUCAGGCUCAUCUAAAGAAUGGUGGAAUGCUACUACUCAUCUCGUCGGUAAGGACAUCGUGAAAUUCCAUACCAUAUAUUGGCCUGCAAUUUUACUUGCUGCCGGAUUACCGCUACCUGAAAAGGUUGUGGUACACGGACAUUGGCUUUCAGAUGGUGUGAAAAUGUCCAAAAGCUUGGGGAAUGUUGUGGUACCUGAAGAGAUGAUAGAGAAGUAUGAUACAGAUCCAAUGAGAUGGUUUAUCUUGGAGCACGACACUAUAGAACAUGAUGCUUCCUUUUCUGAAGAAGGUCUUUGCCAAACGCGGGAAUUGCUGUGCUCGAAGUGGGGAAACCUCCUGCAUAGAUGUGGUGGCCCGAAGUUUAACAUCCACCGCGCUGUGCAAAAGUUCCAUCAUAAACCGAUCACAGAUUUGACGAAAAAUAAUCCUGAGCUAUACGGUAAUUUAUUGUCCAGAUUAACAACCUUGGCAGAUGAAAUUGAUCAGCUAUUAUCAAAGUAUGAUACGGCAAAUGCUCUGAGGCUGAUCUGGUCUAUCAUAAACGACGCAAACAUGGUAGUUCAACAUGGGGAACCUUGGAAAAAACCACUUGAGGAACAAGAUCUCAUCAUCUAUACUGCAGUUGAAGCUGCACGUAUUGUUUCUAUAGCAGCACAGCCCUUCAUUCCUGUGCUUGCCAAUCGCUUCCUGGAUAGGCUUGACGUUCAUUUCGACAAGCGCUCCUUAGAAUAUGCAAGUGUGGGCGCAGAUUCAUCUUAUGGCACUACUGCAAACGUACGUGGGAGAGAGGUCCCAAUAUCGUCUUUAUCGAGGCAACGUUAG